GGCGUGAGAGGAACCAACGCAUCAGUCGAUCAGCUGAUCCUCGACAACAACCAUGGCCGGGUCACCUGCAGACGACCUCACGUUUCUUCAGGCGUUUGCCAAUUUAUUAGGGGCGCCAGAACCUGCGUUACGACUAUUGAUAUCAAUAUUGAUAGGAUAUCCAAUAGUUUUACUUCAUCGGUACACUCUGUACUGCAGAAGUCCUGUACUCCAGCAUCUUUAUUUUAUAUCAACGGGUAUCAGCAUUGCCCUUUUCAAUUAUGGUCAUAAUGUUAUCCAUUCGGCUGUGUGUGUCCUGGCUGCCUGGCUGCUGCUGGUGGUCAUGGGAGGAACUAUCAAGUCUGUAAUUAUUUCCUUCUUGUUCCAGAUGACUUACCUACUUAUGGGGUACUACUUCACGGGAACAGACACUUAUGACAUCAAGUGGAGUAUGCCCCAUUGUGUGCUGACUCUGCGGCUCAUAGCACUCACCUAUGAUGUAUAUGAUGGCACAAAAGAUCCAGCAAAAUUAUCAAAUGACCAGCAAAAAACGGCUCUGAGUAUUAGACCAAGCUUACUUGAAGUUGCUGCACAUACAUAUUUCCCUGCCUCCUUUAUGGUGGGGCCACAGUUCUCCAUGAGACGUUACCUGGACUUUGUUAGCGGAACUCUCCUUGGUAGUGCACGUCCUCCAUGUCUCCUACCAGGCUUACUUCGUGGAGGAUUAGGGUUGAUUUAUCUGGCUGUGUACCAAGUCGGCAUUAGCUACUUGCCAGAUGCGUAUAUCAACUCUUCUGAAUAUAAUGACUCUAGUAUCUGGAGGCGGCAUGUUGUAGUGGGAAUCUGGGCCAAAAUCACCCUUUACAAGUACAUCUCUUGCUGGUUAAUUGCUGAGGGAGUCUGCAUCAUGUCAGGCCUCUCAUACUCUGGUAAGGACGCAAACGGUAACUGCCUAUGGAACGGUUGUGCCAAUGUCAAGAUACGGCUGUACGAGGGAGCCACUAGUUUUGGGGACAUGAUUUCUUCCUUCAACAUAAAUACAAAUGCUUGGGUAGCCCAAUAUGUGUACAAGAGAUUGCGGUUCUUGAACAAUCGCUACAUCUCACAGGCUGCAGCACUUGUAUUCCUAGCAGUAUGGCAUGGGCUUCACUCUGGGUAUUAUGCCUGUUUCUUCAUGGAGUUUGUUGUCAUAAACCUCGAAAAAGAUCUAUCUAGCACAGUGAGCAAGUAUCCACGCAUUGUCUCUGCAAUCAAUGCAGGUCCAAUUUUGAUAUUUAUAAAAUUUGUUAUUAAGAAGCUCUAUGUUGUGAUAUUCAUGGGCUACUGCUUAGGACCAUUUGUUUUGCUGAAAUUCCACAGGUGGUGGGAUUUCUACGUUUCACUCUACUUCUCUGGUCACAUCAUCUUUGCUGGAUGGCCUCUGUAUGCUCCAGUUGUAAAAGGAGUUUUGAAGGCUAUUGGUGGAGAAAGAGUGAGUGCAGAUAAGGGUAAAAAGGAAUAACUAAGUAAAGACAACAAUAUAUCCUGGCAGAAUUCAUCAAGGUCACUGGAAAUGGACAAGAAAGGGGGGGAAUGUUUUAAUGUCUGUAUGUAUUACUUUUAAUAGGAGUUUGAUAGUGCACAAGAUUAUUUUUUCCAUGUAAGUAUUUACAGGAGCCUGUUGAAUUCUCUUGACAGAUGCAUAUACAAACACAAGUAAACACAGAUAUAGUCAUCUAUAUACAGGUAUAAACAGAACCUGUAUGCCAUGUAGUUAACACAGUGGAGUGAGCGGGUGCAUGCAUUUUGUGCAUGCAAAUAUUUGAUGUGUCUAGGCCAAGUAGACUUACUGUAAACCAUAAAAUAUUUUAAUUCCUUAAAAAAUAUCCUGGAAUAGAGACUUCAGUGAAUGAGUACCAUUUCUCCAUAUUGUUUGGUAACUCAGACUAAACAUAAAACAUAUAGUUACUAGAAUUAUAACCAAUAUUAAGUACUGUACAACAAGUUUAUAUUUGUCUGCCUAAAAGAUAGUAUAGUUAAAUAUGUGUUCAAAGAUGGUAAUGAAUUAACCUUUAUAGAGAAGUUCUCAUUGCAGUAAAUUCUUAAUAGUUAUUGAGUAAAGAAACAGUUGCUUGUUAUUAAACAAAAAAAUUGGUCAUAAUUAGAGGGAGUGAAACAUUUUUGACUACAAUGAUUAUGUGUGGUAUAAUCAAACUUAGUUUUAAAUGAGAAUAACUGGUUUGAUUUUACUUGUAAAUUAAAAAAAGUAUGUUGUGAUGUUCCGGUAAUGCAUUUUGGUUUGAAUGAAUUUAAUAAUGGUGAAAUAAGGUACAUUGAUUUGCAUGUUUUUGAAAGACUGACAUUGUGAUAUUUAUUAAACCUAGAAGGAAUAUUCCUGUAAAGUUUCUGGAUUCUAGAAAUAAAAUUUGCAUUGUUGAAAUUGUGAAGUCUUCCAGUAUUGGUGAACUUGAAACUAAGGACAUUUCUAUGUAAUUUUGAAACCCUUUUCUGAGGAAACCAGUAUUGGAAAUACAAAAAUAAAGACAUCUAUUUCUUCAAUGGAAA